AAUCAGUGUUACCGGGUGUGCGAUCACGAGCGCACGAAAAACAAAGACGGUGAAAAUAUUUGUUCUGCAUAAAGAAGAGAGAAAAGAAAAGUAUAUGUGCGCACGCUUAAGAACGAAGAAGACAGAGCGAGACGAGAGAGCGCAAAGGAAGGGAGAAAAGAGGCGUGCAGUAAGACAGGACGUAGAACGGCCGCCGCCGUUGUGUUUGGGCUCGGCUCGGUUGUGCCGCUUCCGUUAUGACGAUACGAUCCAGCGCUUGGCGCUGCGACCGGGCAAUAAGUUGUUUGUGAUUAUGCGUAACUGACGUGAUUCUGUUUUAUGAAGAACCCAGAAGAAACGUGAUGGAGGUGGUUCACAUCGUUUUCCAAUUUGAUUGGUAAACUGAUUCGUUCGUUGAUCGUUAAAGAGUUACCCGUACGCCAUGUGCUAUUGCCACGCGUGUUUCCUCUCUCUUUGGACUAUUCUCGGUUAAAUUUCCAGAAAAAUAUCGCUGGAUCGUUUUAACAAGAAUUACCACUUGUGAUCUUAGUGUUUCGUGUUAGUGUAAGCGUGGGAAGAUACUUUUUUCUCGUUCAACACCUCUGCAUUUUUGGGCCCCGUUUGUACCGAGGGCCAGAACGAGAACAAUAACGGGAGACGUAAGAUAAAAGGAUAGACGGCGGAUUCAGCGAGCCUCGAGUACGAGAGAUAACGCGAGGAGCGCAAGUGGUGUAUCAAGAUGGCGCAUAAUUUGGCACCGAGCGUCAACUGUUCGCUCGACGACAUUGAUCUAAACGCUUUGAAGGAACCUGCAGGUAUCUUUGAGCUAAUUGAAGUGGUCGGCAAUGGAACAUACGGUCAAGUUUAUAAAGGCCGACAUACCAAGACCGGUCAGUUGGCAGCCAUUAAAGUUAUGGACGUUACAGAAGAUGAAGAGGAAGAAAUCAAAUUAGAAAUAAAUGUAUUAAAACGGUAUUCCAAUCACAGAAAUAUAGCAACAUAUUAUGGUGCCUUCGUGAAGAAGUCAUCGCCUGGAAAGGAUGAUCAGUUAUGGUUGGUUAUGGAGUAUUGCGGAGCUGGCUCCGUUACGGAUCUUGUCAAGUCAACAAAGGGCCAGAGUUUGAAAGAAGAAUGGAUUGCUUAUAUAUCAAGGGAGAUAUUGAGGGGACUUAGUUAUCUUCACAGCAAUAAAGUUAUUCACAGGGAUAUCAAAGGCCAAAAUGUUCUGUUAACCGACAAUGCUGAAGUUAAGCUAGUUGAUUUUGGUGUCAGUGCACAGUUAGACAGAACAAUAGGUAGAAGAAAUACAUUUAUUGGAACGCCAUAUUGGAUGGCUCCAGAAGUAAUAGCAUGUGAUGAAAACCCUGAUGCCACAUAUGACAAUAGAAGUGAUCUUUGGUCACUCGGUAUUACUGCUUUGGAAAUGGCUGAAUCGCAACCUCCACUUUGUGAUCUUCAUCCAAUGCGGGCCCUGUUUUUGAUUCCACGUAACCCACCACCAAGACUGAAGUCGAAAAAAUGGGCGAAGAAAUUCCAUAGUUUUAUCGAAACAGUGUUAGUAAAAGAUUAUCAUCAACGACCGUAUACGGAACAGCUUCUUAAACAUCCGUUUAUCCGGGACCAACCGACCGAGCGACAAGUCAGGAUACAGCUCAAAGACCAUAUCGAUCGCUGUAAAAAACGUAAACAAGAAAAAGAAAGGGACGAUUAUCGAUACAGUGGUAGUGAAAAUGAGGAGGAUGAGCCAGCAUUGGCUGGCGAACCGUCAUCCAUUGUUCAAGCUCCUGGUGGCGAUACGUUGCGUAGAAAUUUCCAACAAAUUCAGGAAGGUAGGACUCUAACUCAAGACGUAGCUCCUCAACCACCUGCCGCUAAAGAAAAACCGAGUGGCAGAUCUCAAAGAGACAUACCAGAGCCAGGGCCGCCUGCACGACCUGCCAUUCCUCACAGACUAAUCGUAGUUCCAGAUCCGCAACCACCGUCACGACCAUUACCACCGACGCCUAGAGACGAUCCACGACAACCACAUAAAGUUUCCACGCCACCUUCCAAUCAUCAGCCACCCGUCGCUGGUAGCGGUAGUGGAAGCUCUGGCGGUCAAUCUGCCUCUCAAAGAAACAGUCACGUGUUCAAACCUAUGCUGCCGCCAAGGAGGCCGGAGGACUUGGACAUGCUGGCCGCUCAACUCAACGAGCUUGGUGUGUCACAGGGCCCAGAGGCCCCGCCAAGGCCGAACAGACAGCAUAAGGGCCCUGCUGCAUCGUCAACAUCGAAUUCUGUUCAGCUGGCAAGCAGUAACGAUCAGAACAACAAACAGAUGCCGCAAUCCUCUAGUAUUCUUGAUCAAGCUUUGUCUGUUGAAAGUGAUAGCGAUGACGAUCUUGAAGAUGCAGGAGGAAACAACGUGAGGAACGAUGGAACUCUACUCGCGAGCGACCCACCGAAACCUUUACCCGAAUUUUCUCCUUUCAGACCAUCUACAGAUCCAUCGUCGAUGUCCUCACAUAAUGCCCAGAACUCGCAUCAUCAAGGUAAGACCAAAGGCGGUGCACCAAAUCGACCACUUCCGCCAACGCCUGACGAGGAAGAAUCAGAUCGUACACUAGUCAUGAAACGGAAACUUAGUCAGAUGUCAGACGAUCGCGCUACGGCUAGCAGCAACCGGCGCUCCGAGGCAGACGAGCAGCUACUCCUGAAGGAGUGGGAUUUCACCCGCUUCUUCCAGGGUUUUAACGAAAGGUUGGAUAAGAUGAAACAACAAGAACACCCACAAGAAACGCCCGACACGAAUAAGUCUGGUAGCGAGGAUCUUUCUUCGUCGUCUACCGAGAGAACCUUGAAGAGACAGCAGCAGUUGUCACGUAGGAAGUACGAAAAUCAGCAACAACAGCAACAUCAUCAGAAACAACAACAACAACAACAACAACAGCAGCAGCAGCAGUUAAAACCGGUGCACAGACGACAAGAAAGCGACUCGAAGCUUGGCAAUACGUCCAGCGCUUUUGCACGUGCUUUCCGCCGUGAGAAUUCCGAUUUUUUUCCAUCCGCAAGACACUCUGCAUAUUUACAGAAGUCGGAUUCCUCAAGGUCGAGUAUAUUCGCAAGCGGUAAUCGGCGCGGAAGCGAGAUAAGUGUUGCUGGCAUUGCUGGUAAAAAGGGUAAUGCUGUCAGUACCGGUGAACCGGUACUCACAGACUUUUCAUUCGACCGUGACGGUCUUCAAAGGCCUAGAAGAGAAAAGACAGAGAGCGAGAUCGUUUUCGGUAGUAGACACGAGGCCAGAAGGUUCGACUUUGGACGCGAUAAAGACGACACUACGAGGAGACGCAGUUGUAGACCAUCAGAUGCGGUCUCUGCCGCUGUUGACGAAGCAGGAACUAUAAAAUCUACGGCCAGUACAACGGCUAGCGAGUACAGCCCCAUUGUCACUCAGAACCGAGAAGGUGGUGAUCGGUCAAGAGGAGGCGGAGGUGACUUCCAGAGAUCGGACUCGUCUCCUGGAUCACGACCAAGCUCUGUCCUACCUGAUCUUCUCACCUCAUCUCCGAGUCAACGACAGGACAAGUCAACUAGCGAGGAGUAUCGGCAAGCUGUUAAAUCACCACCUCCAUUUGCGCUUCAACAGAAGCAGAGGUCUUUCCUGACAUUUGGAUUCGGCGCUGGACCAGCCAGGAGGGAGUCUCACGUGAACGUUAACGUAACACCGACCAGUCACGAUUUAGCCUCUGAUACGCCUGAAAUACGCAAAUAUAAAAAACGUUUUAACAGCGAGAUACUUUGCGCUGCAUUAUGGGGAGUAAAUCUGUUGAUUGGCACCGAGAAUGGCCUUAUGCUGCUAGAUAGAAGUGGUCAGGGUAAAGUGUAUCAACUGAUCAGCAGAAGACGAUUCCAACAAAUGGAAGUCCUCGAAGGUCAAAACAUUUUGGUCACAAUUAGCGGAAAGAAGAAUCGAGUACGAGUGUACUAUCUUUCCUGGCUCAAGAGUAAGAUUCUACGAACCGACGGACACAGCGACCAAGUGGAACGACGCAACGGUUGGAUCAACGUUGGUGAUCUUCAAGGGGCGGUGCAUUUCAAAAUAGUCAAAUACGAGAGAAUAAAGUUUCUCGUUAUCGCGCUGAAGGAUUCCAUAGAAAUUUAUGCAUGGGCGCCGAAGCCUUACCACAAAUUCAUGGCUUUCAAGUCGUUCGGCGAGCUCGCGCACAGGCCACUUCUCGUAGAUCUUACCAUAGAAGAAGGCACAAGAUUGAAAGUGAUCUACGGCAGCGCCGAUGGCUUUCACGCUGUUGAUUUGGACUCGGCUACAGUUUACGAUAUUUAUCUACCAAAACAUACUCAAGGUCCUAUUUGUCCACAUUGCAUUGUCGCAUUACCCAACAGUAAUGGAAUGCAGUUACUGUUGUGUUAUGAUAACGAAGGUGUAUAUGUGAACACUUACGGUAGAGUAUCCAAGACGAUGGUCCUUCAAUGGGGUGAAAUGCCCACGAGUGUUGCUUAUAUCGGCACAGGACAAAUCAUGGGCUGGGGCAAUAAGGCGAUCGAGAUUAGGAGCGUAGAAAGUGGUCACCUCGACGGUGUAUUCAUGCACAAGAAAGCUCAACGGCUCAAGUUCCUUUGCGAGCGUAAUGAUAAGGUAUUUUUCUCGUCAGCAAAAGGCGGAAGUUCGUGCCAGAUUUACUUCAUGACAUUAAAUAAACCUGGCAUGGCUAACUGGUGAUCCCGAAUGAGGCCAAAUCUGGCCCCAACAUUAUCUUCGCGUAUAACGAUACAAAAUCUAUCGCGUGUAUCAGGAUAUUUAUCUUCGAUAUUCAUGUUAACUCGUUUUUCACUGCCAAGAUUAAACAACGCCAUGGAAGACAGAAAAUGUUUGCAGCGCAGUCAAUAUCAUUCUCAAUUUUAUUAUAAUCGUCGUCGUCUUCGCCGUCAUUAUCGCCAUCAUCGCCACCAUCAACGUCAUCGACACCACCACCAUCAUCGUCAUCGCCACCGUCAUCGACAUCGACACUGUCAUCGUUAUCGUCGUCGACAUCAUCAUCAGUGCCACCACCGUCACCAUCACGACCGUCAUCGUUCACCUCAGCGAGACCAUUACGGUCGAUAUCACUGUUUUUGCUCGAGUAAUUGCACAUCAAUUCAGGGAAAUGAAACCUACCGCGAGGUAUAUCUAAAGAGUUUUCAGUUGUUUUUCCAGAGUACACGAGGGACGCUAAUAUUUGUAAAUCUUCUUGUAAAGAAAUUUCUGCGCUUUUUUAACCGAUUAUCUUUCGUAAUACGGCUUAGCGUAUGAGAACACACGUAGAUUUUUUUAUAAGAUGGUUCCUUCCUCACACCUAUGUCCCUUUACAUAAAAGAGAGUAGGAACAAAUUACAUGCACAAAAUUCAUUUACACUUUUUGUGAUAAGAUUCGUUACUAUUUUUAUCAUUGUCUGAGUAUCUUCAACGCUAUCAAUUUCAAGCUUCAUCUUGGAAGUACCGUCAAUUUCGAAAGAAAGCAGAAGAAAAUUUUAAGAGUAAUGACGAUAAUUUCCUGGACGAGUGCACGUAGACGACGAAUUAUCAGCGAAUUGUAACAGAAUCGUUGUAACCCGUUCUGUUAUCGUAGAUGCAGAAAAUUGUGCAAUAUCGAUGCUUUGAUCUGUACAAACAAGAAGACCUUCCGAAAUAAGUUUUUAAUGAGUGGCAAAACUUUUUUAUGAUAACAGUAACUACGUAAAACCUCUUGAUAGCUCGCAAGUGCAGAUACGCGAGCAAGAAUAUGAUGUGAAUGAGUGUUUGCGUUUUCCACUGAAAAAAGAGACUAUAGAGAAAGCGCGCGCGCGUGAGUGAGAACGAGAGUAACGGAGAAUGUACAGUGUAUGUUUUUUAAAAUUACGUUUCAUUGAAUCCUGUAUUUUCUUAUGAAAUCAUUCGAUGCAAUUUCGAUUAGUUUGAAAGUGAUCGCUUCCAUGGUAUACAAUUAAUUGUAAUUACGUAUGUUAUCGCACCAAGUUUGCGUUAGGAAAGUCUUCUAAAUGAGAGAGCAACGGUAUCGAAAGAAUAGCGACGGACUAAAACGGUAUAACUAAAAUUAUCGAUAAGGGAAAAAAAAUAACUGCUAAUGUUAUUAAUUGUAUAGUUCAUAAUAGUCAAAGGACUUAUAUGUUGAUUCCUGCGAUUCAAGAUAAUGACGAUGAUGAUACGACGAUAUAAUGCAUGGCGUCGGAUAAAUUGCAUUAUUACAAGUAAUAGAUUUAUAUUAAGAUUUUUUGACACGUAUAGGGAUAAGAUGAAAAAAAAAUUUUCAUUUUUAAGGUAUUUACAAGUAUAUAUCGUACGUUUAUUUUACACUUUCUUCUUCGCGAAAGAUGUUCGUACUGGUAUAGUCAUGGCGUCGUUUAUUCUUGACGAUUGAUGUAGGCGAACGCAGAAAACGCCUUCAGCUUUUAUAAAGAAUUUAUAACUUGAUAAGGCAAUGCGCACAGGAAAAGGAUGGUCUUCCUCUUCCUACUUCUUAUUCAUUCAAUGGUGUAUGCGAAUCAAAAACAAUUCUUAUUCAUCUGCCAGGUUCAUGAUUUCGUGUAUAAUAUGCUUUAAAACUUAACUCGUAAUAGAAUAGUUUUACCGAUUCGGUUAGACUAUCUUAUGACUGACUAGAUUCGAAUCGCGACAUUUUCUAUUUAAAACAGAGCAUAGGAACAAAUUCUAGUGUAUUUGAAGAACUUGUCAAUGUUCUGAAUUAUUUACAAUUUAGCAAUACAUACCAUAUUGUAAUGUUUACCGAAAAAACUGAGAUUGUCAUGGAACUUUCAGCUAGAUAUAAUUUUAGUUUGAUCUGUUCAACGUGUAAUCUAACGAGAUUUCUCAAGAUAUUCUAUAUUGUAACGGUAAUCGAAUUUAAAUUGCAUUUUUUUUUAAGGCUAUAUGCUCUUUAUAGUUAUGUUUUUAUGAUUGGUGUAUAUUUUGAAUAAAUAUGAAUUACGUAAUGUACAAUGUACACUAUACGAGGAUAGUUCAUAUUUGCAAUUUAAAAUGUUGUGCAAUCAUAAACAAUUAGACGUAGCGAAUUAUUAAGUACUUUUGGGAUACAAUUUUGUAAUUGCAAAUUAUAUUCUUUUCUUUUCUUUUUUUUAUAUCAAGAGAACUUAUUAAGUACAUAUUUGUCCGUAUAUCGUUGAAAUAAGAAGUAAGAAAAAUUGUAGCAAUAAUACAUAACGAGAGUGACUUUCGAAUUUUUUUUAAAUAAACGCGUAAUGUACACUCAUUUAUUUAUUUGUAUAUAAAUACAUGACGUGAUAUGUGAUAAAUGAAUAAUACGGCAUGCUUAUUUGUUUUUCAAGCAUGCGUUUCUAAGCUUUUUACGAAUUUAUUGAAAUAGAGAAUGGUUAACUUUUCCAAAUGUUAUAUCAUUAUUUGCAAUACUUUGAACGGGGCAAGACACAGGAAAAAUAAAACAAAUUCGGAACAAGUAGGUGCAAAGAGGAGGACUUCCCACAGGUGCAACGAAAGACUGUUUUUUGAAUGAGUAAAAAAUUUCUAUUCUGCUGCAAUGGAGAAAAACGCAGAUCAAGGAGCGAGCUUUGAGUACGCGCGCGCGUGUGUGAAUAAAAGAGAGGGAGAAUAUUCGGCGAAUGAACUACACGUAUGGACGGUUAUUUACGAAUGACAUGAACUCUAUUAUUAUAACAGUAAUACUAAUUACUACUUGAAACAGAUUCACGAAUUAAUUUUUGUGCAAGAGAAAUUCUCUUAUUCCUUCGUCUCUUUCGGUUCCUUUGCGUACUUCUAUGUUCCAUCCAUUAUCUUUACUUGAUCGUCUUGCACAUUGUUUCCCAAAGAUGGUAGUGAUGAUUUCUUAAUAUUAUAAUAAUUAUUAUUGAUGUAGUUUAUGAUUGCGAUUAUUAUAUCUAUCCGUAUGUCAUUAUUGACCAUCAUCAUGCGGUGUAUUAUGAUUAUAAUGAUUAAGAUUACUACUAUCAUUAUUAUUAGUAAAGUCAAAUAUACAGACAAUUUGUAAUUGA